ACAGUAGUUGCAUUUGUACCCACCAGUCGUUAUUCUCAGAGCAGCGUAAUUAUUAAAACUAAAAUAUACUACUUAGGUGGUAUAGACCUUACGGGAAAAGGCGCAAAUAGUUUGUUCUAUUUGGAUGUUUCUUCUCCAUUCGAUUCCACAAAUCCCAAAUGGACUGAUCUUACUAGUGUCGCACCUAUUCCUGUUAAUAGUGCGUUCGCACCUUCUUGUGUUGGUGGCAGCAACAACUCUACUAUUUUUUUAUUUGAACAUCACAAGACAAACAAUGAUAAUUCGACCUCUUUUACUUUUGAUUCAACUUCUCAAAAAUGGUCUGCUCCAACAACAUCAGGUAUUAUACCACCGACCAGACAAGAGAUGAGGGCAAUUGUUGAUAAAAAUGGUAAAAUAUAUAUCAAUGGUGGAUACGAACCAUAUAUAAGCAUGAAAUCAUAUAAUAAUACUUACAUAUUGGACUCUUUGAGCUUAUAUUGGGCUAAUGGUCCUAAUGCUUUGAUCGUUCGAUCUGAUUAUUCUGCCACUCUUUUAUCAAGUGGUGUUAUCGUAUAUAUUGGAGGAACAAAUGACGACAGAUCACCAGAAAUUGAUAUGAAUUCACUUUCAAUUUAUGACACGAAGAUUGGAGCUUGGUCAUCAAUGACUGCAACUGGUGACGUGAUUGCGGCCCGUCAAUCUCAUUCGGCUGUGCUAAAUAAAAAUGGAUCUAUUAUUAUUUAUGGAGGUGGGGCCAAUAAUUACACUGUUGCUCCAAAUCCUCCUUUGGCUAUAUUGGAUACGAACUCUGUACCUUACAAGUGGUCUGCCAAACCAUUUACUAGCACGGUUGCACCGCCACCACUUGCCUAUCAUUCAGCUCAAAUGGUUGGGGAAUACAUGAUUAUAGCAUUUGGUGUUGGUAUUUUAAAUGCGAAAUUUGAUUUAGCAACUGCCCCAAAUAAUAAUAUUUUUAUAUUAGACACUACAAAUUAUACAUGGGUUACGUCCAUUGUUUCUCCUAAUCCUUCUGUCAACGGCAUUGUUUUUUGUUGUAAGAGAAAGCGUCCUGAUUAUAUGUAUUAUAUUCCUACACCAGGCACUAUUAGAAAUGAAAUGUAG